GCCGAGAUGGAAACAACAACAUGUUCCCUAUUGCCUUCGCAGUCGUCCCAAAAGAGGACACAGCCAAUUGGUGUUGGUUUUUGACUCAGCUGAAAUAUGCUUUGGGAGGAGAACAAGGAGAAUUUGGUCCUUACACAAUUAUGUCCGAUAGGCAAAAGGGACUUCUCAAAGCAGUGACCCAAGUGUUCCCUUCUGCUCACCAAAGAUAUUGUCUAAGACACAUUUACGCAAACUUUCAAACGGCUGGAUUCAGGGGGGAAGAUCUGAAGAAAUGCAUGGAUAGAGCCAGCUAUGCAUACCAUAAGGACCAGUUUGAGGCUGCAAUGGAGACUUUAAAAGUGGAGAGUGAAGAGGCUUGGAAAUGGCUGAGUCAGAUCCCACCCCACACAUGGGCACGGCAUGCAUUCGACACCAACUGCAAGACUGACCUAGUUGUUAACAACCUCAGUGAGGUGUUUAACAGAUAUAUCUUGGAUGUUAGGAAGAAGCCGAUAAGAACAAUGCUUAUUGGUAUAAAGAACAAGUUAAUGGUUAGGAAUCAUGAGAAGAGGGUUGGUGGACAAACUGCUAGGUGGGUGAUCACACCACAUUUCAUGGAGCAAGCUAGAGCUAGCCAAGAAGUACUCCAGUGCCUUGCACACCAAGAAUUUCGGGGACCGAUCCGUGGGAAGUGA